AUCGCAUCCCUUCUCCAUCAGCUGUAUUUAGCUACCAUAUUUGUUCUUCUUCGAGCCGAAAUUCUAUUAUCGCAUACCAAAUUUUUUCUCUGUUUACUUUCUAAGCUUUUGUACUUAACCUACAAACAGUUAGAGCAAUUGUCACUCAGUGCAGUACAUUAGAAACUGCAUAUCCACGCGUUUGUCUUUCCCUUAUCUUAUUGAAAAAUAUGCUGAAGAAUAUUGACCGUUUGAAGUAACAUAUUAUCCAAUCACAUUACUUCUAUUCUUAAUUUGUACUGUGUCUAGACUAAGAAAGGCUAAUACAGCUUUAAAAAAUUAUCCCUCAGUAGCGAAUUCGUGUAAUAAUAGAAUUCUUAUCUACCUUGAACUGCGAAAAUCUAUUAUCUCAUACAAUUAUAACAAUAAAGUAAUAAGAGUUUUUCUGUAAAACAAACUUAGUACACCAAUAAUCCUUCCGUAAUCUAACUAAGCGUUGAGUAAACUUUAAUUAUAAUUAAUGCCAACCAUCUUAAAAUUUUUAUAACACGUUAUUUCUGGUCAACUUCUGUUCAUAAAAACCAAACUUUAAAGAUAUCUAUAUAUGAUUCAAUAAUCUCCCGAUUUGCAAAACUUUCUAAAUCUCUUUCAUUUUAUAUCGGCAGAUACAGCAUACGGUUAAUCAUAGAAUGUGAAAUUUUCACUGAAGUGCAAGUAUAAAGACCAGAUUCGAAGACUUCUGUGACAACUUGUGGUAACUGCUGAAGUAAUACUAAGAAUUUUAAUCUCGUCUUUCUUAUAUAUCCGUGGCUGAAACAAACAUUACAUCUGUUAAGAUUCGUGCGACAUCUUCGUAGACUGAGGUGCCCCACAAGAUUCGCGUUCUUGUACGAAUUGUGAAGUACAAAUUUAUGCCUUUUUUUCUGUUUAUUACUUUGUGUGACACGUUCCUCCAAUCACAGUAAAUUUGCUAAGUCCGUAUAAUAUUUAUCCUAAACUCUUAAACUUAAUCCUAAGUGUCCUUACCUCGCGUUGCGACCAAUUCUAAGUGUUCCUUGUCAGUUGCACGUUUAUAACUUCCAAUUCUUCUUAAUUUCAGAAUAUUGAUGCAUCCUUUUAAUAGAUCAUAAAUACAUUUUUGUCACAGUGAAUUUCUUUGUCGUUUGUGCUAAAUAUACUACGUGUAUAAAAAUAUCAGCUUAAUGUAAUUUCCCACUAACCUAGCACAACAUUUAAAAAUCAAUUUAUUUUUCAGUUAAUAUAAUGUGGAUAUUUAUGUCUAAAUUACAGCUGCAGUUAUUAGGGAAUUUCUCUACGUGUUUACAUAAUGUAACGUAUUCAUCUGGUCAGUAAACUUAAUUGUUUCGUUCAAGACUCGAAAGUUUCCUGUUGAACUCUGUCGCAUCGUUAUAUAUUAAUAAAGCUUCACAGUACGUUAAAAUCUGAUUUGCUGUGACAGAAUCACGCGUAAAUUAAACGCAUUUCUAAAUUUGUAUAAAUCAUAUACGAGGAUCUGAAAGAUCGAAAUACAAUUUUUUAAGACAUCAAUCACUUGAUUGUUUCUCCUCACCACUGCCCGUUCCUGGCCACUGUGGUAGUCUCUUAACUCAAUAAGCAAUUAAACAAGUAAGCUUGAAUACAUAUAGAAGCUGGCGAACCCCAGUCGCUUAUAGAAAUACGUUUUCCGUUUAAUACGAAAGUGAAGUAAUUAUUCCAAGUUAUGAUAGAAAGUGUGAAGCUAGGUAAUGUGAAAGAAGAAGAAAACAUUGUGCAAACUGCUGAGAUAAGUCGUACCACGUCUGACAGCGAAGCUUAAAUUCGAAAGCAAGCAACUUAGUUCAGUUUAAUUUGGAGAAACAUUAAAUUUAUUGUAAUUUUGUGAUAGAAUACAAUUGAAAUCAACGAAAACUAACAUAUAACUCAAACUUUAUGUUUCCUUUAGGGACCAACUCACAUGUUGUACCAGUAUCACACUUCAUGCACUAAUCAUUAGAUAAGAAUUGGUAUCGGGCUGAAUAUGUUAUUCGACCAACCACUUUCUCGUCAUUCUAAUUACAUUCUUCCAAUCUAAUCUGUGCCUCAUCUGAUUUCUAAGUAUUAGAAGUCACAAAGAAAACAGCUGUUCUGUGCAAACAAUUUUUAAACUGGCGAAAAUACGUCCCAAAACCAGCUUAGUUCUUACAGUCAACGUAUUGAAAAGCUAAUGCGUUCAUCCUGAAUAAAUUUGUUAAUUUUUUGUGUUGGAUAAUCAAUCAAAACAAGUCAAAAGAACGGAUAUAAAAAUAAAUAAAUUAGGCAAGAGAAUGGAGAUAUUCCCAUCUGAAGAAGAUGAGAAAGGCAACGAGACCUCGCUGGACCGCUUCAACAUCAACUACCUCCUGUUUUAUGACAAUGACGGGGACAGCAACUUCUCCGCCAGCAACAACACCAACGGGUCGUACGACCUCAACCACACGGUCAUCAUCCUGAGGGGGGACUCGCUGUAUCCCAGCGGAUACUCCAUGCCUCACAUCAUCAUCGCCUCCAUAGUUGUAACACUGCUGAUGAUCGUCGUAGUGGUGGGCAAUAUGCUGGUCAUAAUUGCCAUAGCAACAGAGAAAGCUCUGAAGAACAUCCAGAACUGGUUCAUCGCUUCGUUAGCCGUAGCAGACUUUUUCCUCGGAUUGGUUAUCAUGCCAUUUUCCUUAGCUAACGAGAUAAUGGGUUAUUGGAUUUUUGGGAAUUGGUGGUGUGACGUUCAUAGUGCAAUGGACGUUUUGCUGUGUACUGCAUCCAUCAUGAAUUUGUGCCUCAUUUCCCUGGACCGCUACUGGUCCAUUACCCAGGCGGUAGACUACCUGAAGAAGCGAACUCCUGUAAGAGCUGCAGUCAUGAUUACACUCGUGUGGAUCCUCAGUGGCCUCAUCUGCAUUCCGCCUCUGCUUGGUUGGAAGGUGGACCGUCCCGUCGAGGAAUUUCCAAAAUGCCAGGAUUUUCCGGAUAACAACCAUAAACUGCUUUUCGGCUUUAGCCCAGAAUCAGCCUAAGGAGGCUGCAGGAAACACGGAAAAAUAUCAGGCGAGUUACGGGGCUCUGUAAUCGAUCGGCCACUUCACAUAGCAGAAAGUGGUUUAAAAUUUGAGAUGCUCUGGGUUCAUUCACCUGGGACUAAAACAAGUCACCCGAAUUAUGCAGUGUUCUUUCCUCACGUUAAAUUUCAUACACAGGCCUGUUGAUUGCAGAGAAGACAACUAGGGUUCGAUUCUUUUCUUAGAGAUUCUUUUUAUCUCCACCGUCUUCAAGGCCGACCAGGCCCCCAAUAAAAUAAAUGCCAGAAUUAUGUCAUCAAUAUUAAAGCUGCACGAACGUGAAUCUGACUUAUCUCACAUUAAAUGAAGUUAAAUUAUAUAUAAUUUAAUCUGCAAGCCUAUACACCAUCGCGUGUUGGUUAGGCAGCUUUACAUUUUUAUGUGCACUGUUAGGACACUCAGUCGAUUCGAAAAUAAACUGUGUCAUUCCUUUAGCCACCCAGAGCUCAGGAUGUUGAAAUCCGGUCUGUGAAGGCGGAGAUACGGGCUUAUUGUUAGUCCGAGAGAAAUCCGUGUGAGGUUUGCGAUGGCUUCACCUCUGACUCCUCACUUGGCCUAUCUCAGAGUGCAGGAGCUAAACCAUCCAAAAAGACGAAAUGGAAAUUGAAACUGAUAUAAAAUAUAUACCUAGAUAAAUGCACUUGCGAACCUGUUGGUAUGUUCAAAAUACGGUAACAAGGUUAUAAGUUUGUAUAUUUAUGCUGUAUCAACUGCCGACUCUCUAGUUUUGAAUGAGGUAUAGCCGAAAGAUUGUGAAUAAUAAAGC